AUGGAUAAAAUAGUAAAACUUGCAUCAGAAAAUGGGAUUUUAAUCUUCAGCAAGAGCUCGUGCUGCCUGUGCUACACGGUUCAGAUAUUGUUCCAAGAGCUCGGGGCGCGUGCUCGUGUUUACGAACUCGACCACGAACCAGACGGCACGGAAAUCGAGAAGGCCCUCGCGAGAAUGGGCUGCAAAGGCCCGGUGCCAGCCGUCUUCAUAGCCGGGAAGCUCGUGGGGUCCACCAAUGAGGUCAUGUCGCUACACCUCAGUGGCUCCCUCAUGUCCAUGCUCAGGCCCUUUCAGCAGCCAAACAUGUAG